AGAUUGAAGGCGAGGCGGAACAUGAGCGCCUGCGAGAUCAUUCAUUCGUUAGCAAGAGUCUUGGAGAUGGUAGGCGCGAGGCUACGAAUGUUGAUGUAGCAUGUCCACCUUUAACAAGGUUGUCACAGGUGAGAGAGUGUUGGGGAAGAUUUCCUGUCAUUCCGGCGCGCAAUUCGCGUCUCUCAGGUGUCGACUAACUCAUGGUAGCGUCUUGGGGAUUGUGAGGCAGUGACUGACAUUGUGUCGUGUGUUCGUAGAGGGCGACUGCGCUCAUGGUUGCAUUUUAGCUUUGGGGUGAGAGCGUCGAGGAGGGGAGAGAGGGAUGGUUGGGUGAAGAGAGAGGGAUGGUUGGGUGAAGAGAGAGGGAUGGUUGGGUGAAGAGGGAGGGCAGGUGGUCAAGAUCUGGUUUUGCGGAUGAAAGGAGGGUGAUUUCGGGGAGGGAGCAUGGGGACAGGGGAGAAUGUCGAGAGGAAUAGAGGAUGAGCGGGAGAAGAAGGUAGGAUUCGGGACUUUUGUGAGGAAACGGUACGUAGAGAUGGUGCAUUCGUCGACGGAUUGGGCGGGGAGGUUGCGAUGGUCCUACAAGAGGGCUACGUUCAUUCUGUGCACAGGGAACCUGUUGGUGGCGCUCGUUAUGUUGCAUGCUGCUCUGGCGCCCGUCUUCUUUGUUUCAACCUCGACAUCGCAGUUGCCUCGUGGCAACGGCGUCUCUGCCCAUGGUGUGGGAGUGACCCUUUCAAAGGAAGAAUUGGAACGCAUCGAAGAUUCCAACCGGCUGCGACAAGAGCUGCUUCCCACUCCGUUAAUUGAACGGGUGCGGGAGAUUCAAUUAGAGAUUGAGGAGGAAGUGAAUAGAACUGCGGCCUUGAAUAUAGCCAGGCAAAAGGUUGCUUUGGAGCUUGCGGAACGUUUGCGUGAGCUCAAGAACAGCAACAGCCAGGCUACCCAAGCAGACGCUGACAAGGUGGCUGCUGAACUUGGUGUUCAGUUACCUGGAGAUGGAGCAACAGCGGAUUUAGAUCUUGUGAACGGAGAGUCAUUGAAUUUCAUUGAGCAUGAGGACGACUCCAUACCUGGAAGACCAAUGCCGCCGGAGUGUUACGCCGAGGCACACACGGAUUACGGUGGAGUAGCGGUUCGGUGGGGACUCACACAUCAUGUAAACAGUGCUGCUGAUUGCUGCCAGGCCUGCUUAGACCAGGCCAAAAAUGCUACAGCGGGACAGAAGAAAUGCAACAUCUGGGUGUAUUGUCCCAAGGAAGACGGAUGCUACUCUCCUGACGUUUACACCCACGAGAAUCACGAGUGCUGGCUGAAGCAGGCCGAUGACCCGGCGUUGAAUUUUAAAGGGCACUACGACGAAGAGUAUAGGCGGCGUCAUCCAAAAGCCCCCCUGGUUGUUCCUUGGAUAUCUGGAGUUACGUCACAAUGACUCGUAAUUUCCUGCCUUUAUUUUCUCUCGUUUGCAGAGCAGAUUGAAGGAGUCUCUUGACAAGCUUUUCGAUCAGAUGUUUGAUGCCCUCGCGGGGUAUAGUCUUCAUUUCAUAUGUGCAACUACAGCACGGUCGGCAAUGGGCCGAAAGCUCACAGCUGGUGUCUCAGUUGAAGGAGGCCACUGUUAGAUGCUGGUGAAUCACGACCUGCUUGUAUCCCUCAGUUCAAUUCAGUGAACCAUUCGAAGCGUGUGUUAGAUGGAGACCAGAGAUUAUUGCACAGCGCAGGUAGGAAAUGCUACAGUUGCUGAAUCGGCCGCGAUUCUACCAAGUGAAGUAGCAGAAAGAAAUCAUUCAGUAAACACACCUUUCCCCCUUUGAGGGUUCUCUGGAAAUGGUGCUGUAACGAACUUUUUUUGGAUUUGCUGCUAUAAUGCACAAAAAAACCGAUAUAGCCGUUGCAUGAAAAA